GGAGACCAAAGGCUAUACUUAACCAGUGAGCGUCACCACAAACGUCACAAGUAGUCUGAUACAUUUUUGUGAAUGUUUUGAUACAUGUGCUGAUUGUGCCAUACAGCUAUCAAAAUUCAAUUUCACAUCUAUAUUUAUAUAUUCCUCUCUCUAUAUAUAUAUAUACAACAUCACAAGAGACACAUAUUCUCGUAUUGGACUUAGUGCACCAAGACAAAACUAACAAUGGCGCCACCACACUUUCUACUAGUAACGUUCCCUGCUCAAGGUCACGUGAACCCCUCUCUCCGUUUCGCUCGUCGUCUCAUCAGAACCACCGGUGCACGUGUCACUUUCGUCACGUGCCUCUCCGUCUUCCACCGUUCAAUGAUACCUAAGCACAGUGACCUUGACAACAACCUCUCUUUCCUCACUUUCUCUGAUGGCUUCGACCAAGGAGGUCUCUCCACUGCUGAAGACCGUCAUAACCGUGGCGUGAACCUCGAAAACAACGGCCAGAAAGCCUUGUCUGAGUUCAUUGAAGCUAAUAAGAACGGUGACUCUCCUGUUACUUUCUUGGUGUACACGAUACUUCUCAACUGGGCUCCAAAAGUAGCAAGUAGGUUUAAACUCCCUUCUGCUCUGCUUUGGAUCCAACCUGCUUUGGUUUUCGACAUUUAUUACAACCACUUCAACGGAGACAACUCUUGUCCUGAGUUCCCGAACCUUCCAUCUUUAGAAACCCGUGAUCUUCCUUCUUUCCUCACGCCUGAUAAUACACACCAAGGCGCGUACGCAGCGUUUCAAGAACUCAUGGAGCUUCUCAAAGAAGAAACUAAUCCGAAGAUUCUCGUCAACACGUUUGAUUCUCUGGAGGAAGAUGCGUUGAAGGCUAUCACGAGUGUCGGAAUGGUGGCGGUUGGUCCUUUACUUCCUUCAGAUAUGUUCACAGAAUCAGUUAAAGAUUUGUCAAAAGAUCAAAGUAGUAGUAGUUAUAGCCGUUGGCUAGACUCGAAAACAGAGUCCUCUGUUAUUUACGUUUCUUUUGGAACGAUGGUUGAGCUGUCCAAGAAACAGAUUGAGGAGCUAGCGAUGGCUCUUAUAGAAGGGAAGAGACCGUUCUUGUGGGUGAUAACUGAUAAGUCCAACAGAGAAGCGAAGACAGAAGGAGAGGACGAGACGGAGAUAGAGAAGAUUGCUGGUUUCAGACAGGAACUCGAGGAGGUUGGUAUGAUUGUGUCUUGGUGUUCUCAGGUUGAGGUUUUGAGACACAGAGCUGUAGGUUGCUUUGUGACUCAUUGUGGGUGGAGUUCAACGCUUGAGAGUUUGGUUCUUGGAGUCCCAGUGGUGGCGUUUCCGAUGUGGUCUGAUCAACCUACAAGCGCAAAGCUUCUGGAGGAGUUGUGGAGAACAGGUGUGAGGGUGAGAGAGAAUGAAGAAGGAUUGGUGGAGAGAGGAGAGAUAAGGAGGUGUUUGGAAGUAGUGAUGGAUGAGAAGUUGGUGGAGCUGAGGGAAAACGCUGAGAAAUGGAAGCGUUUAGCGGUUGAAGCGGGUAGAGAAGGUGGGUCAUUGGAUAAGAACAUGAAAGCUUUUGUGGAUGAGAUUCUGUUAAGUGAAGCAGAGGAGGUUAAAGACAAAGAUGAGUGUUCAAAAGGAAUCUAAAUCAUUUAAUUGGCUGUAAACUGUUGCUAGUCUUGUUACUUUUUGUCCCUUGUCUAUCAGUUUCAUUACAACACAAAAAUACAUUUUAUCUAUGUCUUGAACAAUUUAAUAUAAUAUAUUAAC